AUGGCGGCAUCGCUCUCCAAGCACCUCCGCCUCCGCCUGCGCGGCGGCGGCGAGUACUGCCUCCUCCCCUCCCGCGCCUCCACUUCCCACACCUCAUCACCAGCACCUCCCCCUCCAUCGUGUCCUCCCGCCGCGGCCGCGCCGCCGCCCCCAGGGGCAGGCAAGGAGGCCAGCGCGUGGUCCAAACUCUUCCUCUUCGCUCCCGGUGCCAUCACCUUCGGCCUCGGCACAUGGCAACUCUUCCGGAGGCAGGAGAAGAUAGAGAUGCUGGAUUACAGGACGCGGAGGCUGGAGAUGGAUCCCGUGGCGUGGAACGAGGUCGCCUCAUCCGCCGCCCUUCGUGAUCCGGCAGCAAUGGAGUUCCGAAAAAUAGUGUGCGAGGGUGACUUCGACGAGAAGUCGGUAUUCGUCGGGCCUCGCUCUCGGAGCAUCUCGGGUGUGACGGAGAAUGGGUAUUAUGUGAUCACUCCAUUGAUUCCUAGGUCGACUGAGUCUGGCAGCUUGCAGUCACCUAUCCUUGUGAAUAGAGGAUGGGUUCCUCGUGGAUGGCGUGAUAAAAAUGUUAAGGAUCUCCAGAUCCUGGAUGAAGCUUCAGAGUCCCCAGAAGCUGUGAAAAAGCCAGACGAAAAAGGUUCAUGGUGGAAGUUUUGGUCUAACAAGCCUAAAUCGUCUCCUGAGAUUGAAAAACCUAGGAUACCACCUGUAAGAAUUAUUGGAGUAAUCCGAGGAAGUGAGAAGCCAAGCAUAUUUGUCCCAGCUAAUGAGCCCAGUAGUGGCCAGUGGUUUUAUGUGGAUGUUCCCAUGAUUGCUCGUGCUUGUGGACUUCCUGAGAAUACUAUUUAUUUAGAAGAUAUAAAUGAAGAUGUUUCUCCGACAAACCCUUAUCCUGUUCCAAAAGAUGUCAACACCUUGAUUCGUCACUCAGUGAUGCCAGAAGACCAUCUUAAAUACACGUUUACAUGGUACACUCUUUCUGCUGCUGUGACUUACAUGGCUUCCAAGCGGAUAAAGGCAAAGAAGGUGUUGUACAUUGACUGUCGGUAUCUGAGAGUUGAGCUCAGAGGAUACAGCAAUUUUGUUAGCUGA